UUUUCAGCCAUUCCCAGAUAAGAAGGGGGCAGAAGUAAUUCUCUCUAGUCACUUCUGAAGCUGAAGCCACCAGAGAAGGGUGGAGGGAGUAAAAUCCAAAUUUCCAUUUAUUAGAUUUUGCUUGAUUUGUGAUUUUUUUCUAAAUAUAUUCAAAAGAAAUUGUUUUUGUAGACAUUGUAUUUUAAACAUAAUGUUUUCUCAGAAUUGAUUUCUUAUUUUUAAACCUUUAUACCUGCAUUUUUUCUUGUUUAGAUCUGCUUAUUCACCUUUUGCAUUUAUGAGGAAAGGAUAAAAUAUCAGCAAGCUGUCAGGAACCUGUCUAACAUCUUGCAGAUGGAUUCAUUCAUCUGAGAGAAAACUGACCAAAAGAAAUCAAAGGAAGAUCCUUCUUGGGAAAGUGAAGAGAGGUGGGCAUCUUUACCCCAAUUUGGAGCGGAAAAGUGAACAAUUCACCGUAAAACCAGGUUUCCUAACUUUUAGUUCUUUGCAUCCAACAAUUGAAGAGACAUUUAGAAAUUAGCAUACUGAACAAGCAGGAACAUCUGACCUCAUGGAUUCACUUUUGCAUGCAGAGGUUUGUGCAAAGUUCCUUUUAGGCUGAAUUGGGGUCAAAGUGUUAACAACCUUCCCUUGUUAAAAGGAGAACACUUUAAAACACAGAAGGUGCUGUGAUGAAAGGCCUGGAUCUCAGCCGGUGGUUGCUGGUGCUGCUGCUGCUUUGGACUUGGUCCACAGUCAGUGAUGGAGCAGGAGUUGGAGGCACAGAGCGAGCAGGAGCUGGAAGAAGCCAGAGAAAAGGAGGAGGCGCAGAGAAGAGGAAGAGGUUUCAUCGUAUCCAGCAUGGUCAGUGCAGUUACACCUUCGUCCUUCCGGAACUGGACGGAUGUCAGAGUGGAGGGUCCACAUCCCAGGCCGAACAUUAUGGGAGCUUUCGUGGAGGGGCGAGCGUUGUGCAGAGGGACUCACCACCAGUGGACGGCGAGUGGUCAGCACAGAAACUUCAGCACCUAGAAAGCAUAAUGGAGAACAACACACUAUGGCUGCAGAAGUUGGAAAACUUCAUACAGAAGAGUUUAAGGCGAGAUGCAGCUAACAUACAGUCGCACGUUGUUAACAACCAAACAGCCGCAAUGUUGGAAAUUGGAACAAACCUCCUCUCACAGACAGCAGAGCAGACACGGAAACUCAAUGUGGUUGAGGCCAAGGUCCUGAACCAAACAUCUCGAAUAGAGAUCCAGCUUCUGGAGAAUUCACUGUCCACCAACAAACUGGAAAAGGAGCUCUUACUACAGACAACAGAGAUAAGGCAAUUGCGAGAUAAGAACAGCCAUUUGGAAAGCAAAGUUCAGUUGCUUGAGUCUCAACAGAGAGGAGAGCUUGAGGACAUGAGACUAGAGAAGAACCGACUGCAGUCUGUGAUCAGGACUCAGAUGGUGGCUAUAGAGUCUCUAGAAAGGCAGCUGAGAGUCGCCACCAGCAACAACUCUGCCCUGCAGAAGCAGCAGGCCCAGCUGAUGGAGUCGGUACACACCCUCAUCGACAUGGUGGCCACGACUACAGGGUCGCCUCCUCGGAGCCAGGUGUGGAAGGACUGUGCAGAUGCCUACAAGGCUGGUCAUUCUGCCAGUGGUCUUUACCACAUUUAUGUCGGUAACAACACAGACCCUGUUCAGGUGUACUGUGACAUGGAGACGAGUGGCGGGGGCUGGACAGUCUUCCAGCGGCGCUUCAACGGCAGUGUGGAUUUCCAGAGGAGCUGGAAGGAGUACAAAAUGGGUUUUGGAGACCUGUCGGGGGAGCAUUGGUUGGGCAAUGAAGUUUUACACCUGCUGACCAGUCAGGGUCAGUACUCUCUGAGAGUGGAGCUGCAGGACUGGGAGGGAGUCUCUGCUCACUACCAGUAUGACCGGUUUACACUGACCAGUGAAAGACAGCAGUACAGGUUGUAUCUGAGAGGUUACAGCGGUACAGAGGGAAGGCAGAGCAGCCUGAUCACCCACGGGGCCGGCUUCAGCACCAGAGAUCAAGAUAAUGACAACUGCGAUCACUGCAAAUGUGCCUUGAUGCUAACUGGAGGUUGGUGGUUUGAUGCUUGCGGUUUCUCCAACCUAAACGGCAUCUACUAUACAGUCGGCCACAACAUCCGGAAGCUCAACGGCAUUAAGUGGCACCACUUCAGAGGCCCCAGCUACUCCCUGCGUUCCACUUUAAUGAUGGUCCGACCCUACGACUUCUAAGAAGACCCCUCCACAUUUUAGACAUGUGAAUGUUGGCAAUGAUCUCACAAGCAUAGGUCUGGAUUCUGUGUUCCUCGUAACAAUGCGCCUUACCUUCUGCUCCAUGGUCCAGCCAUGGUGCAUCCUCUGGAUCUGACAUGGUACAGUCCUUUAUUCAUGACCAAUAACUGAUCCACCUUUGAAGCCUUGAAGACUAAAGAACUUUACACUUACAAGCACCACUCCGAUGAAAGAUAAAACAAUAUAAAAAAGCAAGUUCAUUAUUUAAAUUCAUAUUUUAGAUGUUUCUAUAGCAGGACAUAUCUGCACUGUACAUUGCCUUUGAAGCCACAUGUUGACAUAGUUGUUUAUGUACAUUCCCAAAGACAUGAGUUGUGAUAAAACAUGCUGUUUGAGUAAAACAAAUACAAAUGUGUGCCAGCCCCUCGGAACUAAUGUGGGUCAAAUGGAUCAGCCUGCUAGCUGGAUUUUAGAUUUAAAGAAAAGAUCUUAAUACUUUCCUUCCACACAUGGUUACCACAUGUGAAAGGUUUGGAUGAAGUCAGGGUAGCAUGUUUAACCAUCAUCGUUCCUUAUUUCAAGGUUUAAAGCAAAACUUCAUAUAUGCAAAUAAUGCACCUUAUCAAUUUGAUCACAAUUAUUCCUCACUCUUCUUAUCAAGCAAACCAUACAUAGCAUUGUCUCUUUUAACACUUUUGAGGACGUUUAGAUGAUGGAAAAAAAGGUGAUAACCAAAUGAGUUUUGGUCAAAACGUAAGGAAAACUAUUUUUUGUUUGUUUUUUUUAGUUGUUUUUUUUUAUGUGGUCCAACGUCAUGUUCUCUAAAAAGUAUGAAAAAGUGGAAUAUCAUCAAAAACUAAUUUAUUUUUGGUAAUUUAAGUAAAAAAGAGUGAAACCCAUGUAUUAUUUAUGCUUAUGUCUAAUGAUUAGAUUCUGAUUAAACUGAUUAGAUUCUGAUUAAGGCUUACAGCUAAGGAAAGACCAAAUUUAAAUCAUUUAAAAAAAAAGACCAAAUGACAUACAUCCAUGGAUUGUAGAUUACAUGGCAACUAUGCAUGGAUUGCUGCAACAGUGGUAUCUCUGAUUGGCUGGUAAUCAACUGGUCAGGGUAACCAGAUGAUUUCUUGGUGCAGCCCUGGUUAUCUGUUAUUGUUGUAUUUGGAAGUCUUUUUUUGUUUUCUCCUAGCUAUCUUCCUUUUUUUUAAUCUAAACUGAUUUAAAUGUUUUAAGCAAAAUUUGGACCUGUUUGUCCUUUACACACAUCCAAAUUGAAAGGAUCAAUGUUUUAUUUAGCAAAGUUCUUCCAAAAUUUUGCAUUAAAAACAAGUAAACAAGUAAAAACGGGAUACAACAACAUAAAUGGGAAAAGGUGUAAAACAUGGAAAUUGAUAGAGCAAAGACGAUCGUCUCAAGGAUUUUAGGAUGGCAGUAACAGAUAUUAGUCUGAUGCAGACAAUUAACAUGGUAUCUGUCAUGUACCUAUAUUGCAAUCCGAAGCUGUAAAAAACAUGA